AUGGAUCGAGAAAGCAUGUACGAGUCUGACGGCGACGAUGACGAUGAUAUCGGUGAAGAUCUCGAAGACCUAAGACGCGCAUGUAUCGUCUCCGAUUCCAAUUACGGCGGAGGGUUGCCGUCGGAUUCGGAUAACGAAGAAGAAGAUUUCGAGAUGCUCCGAAGCAUCAAGACGCAAUUAGCUUCCUCCACGGAUCAUCCCAUGGGGUUAUCAUCACUGCCUUCUGAUUCAGAGAGUGAAGAUGACUUCGAGAUGCUUCGAAGUCUCAAGAGCCAAUUGUCACUUCCAAUGGACGAAGAAGACGAAGAUGAAACCCUUGUCGCUAUUUGUAAGAGAUUCUCUUCUUAUGAAAACUCAGGUGUGGAGAGAGAUCACAAGAAUGAUUCUUCUUCUGAGAAUAAGAAGAAAAAGCAGGUACAUGCCUCGUGUAAUCAACCUUCAAGCGAAAUAUUGAUGAGUAGGUCUAAUACUUGUGAAAGCUUUUCAGAGGAUUUAGAAGCUGUCAACACUUCCAUUGAGCCUUCAAGUACUUUCCCUGAAUCUGCACAAGCCUUUGUUGAUGCGAUCAGGAAAAACAGGUCGUAUCAGAAGUUUCUUCAAAGGAAACUAGGAGAAAUCGACGCUACCAUUGAGAAGAACGAGAAGCUUCAGAAAGACGUUAAGAUUAUUGAUGGUUUCACAGUUUCUUGCAAGAGAAGGAUUAAGCAACAGGCGUUUUGUCAGGGUAAAGAUCCACGUUUUGAGCUUAUCUCAGCACGAAAACCUAGGACUGAGGGUAAUGGUAAAGAGACGUUGGGUCCAUUAGAAAACCCUUGUGUUGCAAGUUAUAGGAUGGCUUUAGAGGAGUAUCCCGUUUCAGUGUGUCGUACUAAUUGGUCUGUUAAGGAGAACGAAGAUCUUACAAAAGGUCUCAAACAACAGCUUCAAGAAGCACUCAUUCGUGAAGCUACUGAACGGUCCAGUGAUUUGGAAGGAUGUUCAGAUGAUAUAGACACCAUUCUUAGAUCGGUAAGUGAUCUUGAGAUCACACCAGAAAUGAUUAGGCAGUUUCUUCCGAAAGUUAACUGGGAUCAAUUGGAUAUCAAGAACCGUUCUGCUGCAGAAUGUGAAGCCCGGUGGAUGAGCUCAGAAGAUCCGUUGAUUAACCAAGGUCCGUGGACUGCAGCAGAGGACGAUUACAUACGCUUAAUUACCCAAAACAAGAGUUUUACAGAUUGGCUUGAUGUUGCGGUAUCAUUAGGGACAAAUAGGACCCCGUUUCAAUGUUUGGCUCGUUAUCAGAGAAGCUUGAAUACAGACAUACUGAGAAGAGAGUGGACUCCAGAAGAAGAUGACCAACUCCGUGCUGCAGUAGGCUUGUUUGGCGAGAGAGAUUGGCAGUCUGUUGCUAAUGAAAUAGACGGCAGAACCGGAACUCAGUGCUCUAACAGAUGGAAAAAGUCGCUUGUCCCAAGCAGAAAAAGGGUAGGGAAAUCAAAUUCAAAGGAAGCCAAGUGGAGCUCAGAGGAAGACAAACGUCUGAGAGUAGCUUUGACAUUCUUUGGAGCUAAAAGUUAUCAUAAAAUUGCUCAGUUUGUUCCUGGAAGGACGCAGUCUCAGUGUCGAGCAAGAUGGAAAGAUUCUCUAGAUCCUAGAUUAAACUUUGGGAGCUGGACCGAGGAAGAGAUUUCAAAGUACAAUGAAGCAGUUGAAGAACAUGGAGAUAGUAACUGGCCCAAAGUCGCUUCACAUGUGUAUACUCGUACUAGCAAGCAGUGCUCAAGGAGAUGGGAGACGUUAAAUCCUCACCUAAAGUAUCUAAAAAGAGAAGCUGUAAGGUUACGAAGAGAAGCUACUAUAGGUAACUUUGUUGAUAGGGAAUCAGAGCGUCCUCUUCUUAACACAAGCGAUUUUUUGGCACUAGCCGAGAGAUCGUUUGAGCCAGAACCCGUGCUAAAGAAGAAACGCAAAGCAAGACGGAAGAAGGCAGAUGCGGAAUGUGAGAGUGAAGAAGUCUGUGCUGAUAUAGAGAGACAACCAAAGAGGCGGAGAAAAGGAUUAGAGAGAUGUUCAGGAGAUGUAUGUAGACAAGAGAGUGAGAGUGAAGACAAUGGAAAGGAGAAGAAACAGAUAAGGAAACGCAAAGCUGUUGCAGGAACAUCAUCAUCAGAUAACAGCUCUGUGACAACGAACUCUAACUGCUCUCAAGUCAAAGUUGGUAUCGAGAAGCUUAAGCCUAGAAGGAAAGUCUCUGCAGUAGUUUCUAUAGAGAAUCAAGAUUCACCAAAUUAG